UGUGUGUGUGUGUGUGUGCGUGCGUGCGUGUGUGCGUGUGUGUGUGUGUGUGUGUGUGUGUGUGUUUAAAGGGAAGAUGGGAUUUCCUUUGUGAAGAGACUUCUGCACUUGUUGACAUCCUGAAGCUACUUCCAGCUGAAGAACUGCUCAGCCUUCAAUAUUGCUGCCAGCCACAGGAAGCUUCGGAUUUCAGUAUUUGUUCUAUCAUUUCUCACCUGGAAGAAGAGACCAGGAUCUCCUCUGGAAGGAACAUAAAAUCUGUGAAGUUUGAACGAACGGCCUUCCCAAGAUGCACCGAAUCUCUCAACUGAUGUCGACCCCAGUAGCAAAUAAAUAUUCUUCCAGGUCAGAUAGUGAACGUGAUAGAGAGCUGUCUCCUGAGUGCCUUUUUGCAAGAUUUGCCUGUGACUUCCUGGAUGGUGACAGUUCUUUCGAAUGCUGUUCCAUAGAUCCCUUGACAGGAUGCCAUCAUGCCUGCCGCAGGAGUCCCAGGCUCCUCACCAAUGGCUACUACAUCUGGACAGAGGACAGCUUCCUCUGUGACAGCGAUGGGAACAUUACCCUGAACCCCUCUCAGACCAGUGUUAUGUACAAGGAGAACUUAGUUAGAGUAUUCCGAAAGAAAAAGAGAAUCCGCCACACUCUUUCUUCUUUCUUCAACCCCAGAGCCUCUAAAUCCUGGCUGGAUGGAAGUAUCUUCGAUGAUAUAAAUUCUUCCCCAAAUGAGGAAAGCUGGCUGGAAGAUGUCAGGAGGCCAGAUAUACAUCAUCACAAUGAAAAUGGAGAUAAUUUUGACUGUCCUCCAGCUGAGGAGUGGGAGUUGGAGAAGCUUGGAGAGACUGUGGAAGCCUCCUCCUCAAGCCGCCUCCUAUCACAGCAGCUCAGAGAAAUCUCCCAGGACAGCCCUCUUCAGCCUCUUAGGAGAGCAUCUGAACACUUCCAAGAGAACAUUCUGGAUCAUUCAAAACCCUGUCUGAUUCGAGAGGCUUCCUUUCAAGCAGUCCUGCUUGCCUUGUGCUUCAUUAUUUGUGCCUGUGCAAGCAUUUCAGGUAGCAGUAUGGCUGAGAUUUAUUAAUUUAUCUACAGGGGUAAGUGCUUUCCUACCUCGUACCUUCCUCUUUUCUUUCUUCAACAAAACAUAGAGAAGCUAGUAUAUUUUACUUAUGAUAUCAUGUGUUAUCCUUUGUUGAAAGGCCACAGAUCCAGUGCAAGUGCCCCUUCCUGAACUCAAGGACAUUGGAUGUCCCCAGUGGGAAACAAAGAGUCUCUACUGAGAUUUCAUUUUUCCUAUUGUAUUUUUCAUCCUAAAAUUCCUCAGUCUGAAAAAGAACCAUCAGAAAAAGAUUUACCAAAGAGUAAAGAUACUUAGCUGGGAGUAGCUGUGGCCCUGUAAUGGAAAUGUGGUAAACUCUGGGUAGAUUAAAUAUUCAAAGAACGAGGUGGAGACAAGGGGAAGAGGACACUUGGGCCAAGUGUCCUGGUAAAAGCACUUUUUAUAUGCAGUUGCUAUGGUUACAUGCAAACAUAUGGUUCUGGUUCUGGCAGUCUUUUGUGAUGGUCACCACCAAGCAAUCAUAUGCAAAAACACUUUCUUCAUAACUUUCUAGCCCUGUUUACUUUCUGUUAGGAUUUUUGUUAGACACAAGUGACUCCAUCUUGACUCUGAGAACUUUUACAUUCUCUCCACACAUAGAGUGUCCAGGACAUCUCCAUCAGAAUGCAAUGAUGAGGUGUGACUGUAAGUGUGUUUCUGCUUUACCUUCUGCCCCACAUUGCCUUGUCAUGCCUUUCCAACUUUUCUUUGUCCAAAACUCCAGGGCAGUGGUCAGUUCUUAGUAGUGUUAAGUUCACUCGUGACUCCGUGACCUUUGCCUCUGAUGGUCUCUCUACCUGGUACAAAUCUUCUCCAGGUAGCC